AUGACAGAGGAACGUAUUUGGGAUCAGGUCAAGCUGAAGCAAAAAAGGUAUCGAGUGCCAUUGAGGCAGAAUUUCAAGCGUUCAUUAUCUCAAUGCAGAAUUGUUGGUGUCAAGGUUAUCUGUCAUAUCAUAUUUGAGGGUGAUAGCAGGAAUGUGGUGAAUUUGGUUAACAACUCAUCACUAAACUUCGUCUUAUUCAAUUGGAUAAGGGAGGUUUGGAGCUGGAUGGCCAAAUUUAAAGAUAUCGCAUUUACUUGCGUCCCAAGAGAAGGAAACCAGGCCGCUGAGACGUGCUGGCGACAAGAAAUCUUCCAAACCAUACAAGCUUUGUUUAUCAUUCUUCCCUUCUUAUGUUCCUGA